AUGCAACCUGCUCAGCGUAUGCCCCCAAACCGGCAGUCCCUUGAGGAUACCCGCCUGGCCGAACUCACCGGCACCCAUAAAGGUCGAAGACGGGGAAAAAGGACGUCAUGGACGUCAUCCCGUCGCCAUGCCCCGCUCUUCACCCCAGAGUCCUCGCUGACCAGUGUCCCCAAGCUCCCCAGUUUCCCCGAGCUCCCCAGUGUCCCCGAGCAGAGUCCCAGCUGUGUAGCAGCUCCCCAGAGUCCCGGCUGGGUAGCAGCCCCCCAGAGUCCCGGCCGGCUAGCAGCCUCCCUGAUCCCCGGCCGGCUAGCAGCCGCCCUGAACCCCGGCCGACGUAAAGGCCGCCCUAAACUGGCUAUGACCAUUCCCCCAGAGACUUUGCCCUUCCCAUUCGCCCCUGAGACUGCCCCUUUGACUUUGUCGGUCUCCGGCGCCCCUGCGACUGUCCCUGCGACUGCCCCUGCGACCGCCCCUGCGACUGCCCCUGUGUCCGCCCCUGCGACUGCCCCUGCGACCGCCCCUGCGACCGCCCCUGCGACCGCCCCUGCGACCGCCCUGGGACUUUGCUGGUCUCCGGCACCGUGA